AUGGUUGAAUCAUCACAUUUGUUGAUGCUGGCCGACAUGGCAACGUUAGGAGCGGAGAUUAGCAGUAGGGAUGAGUCGAAUGCAGUCACCGAAACGAAUCACGCGGAAUGGCCGCAGUCGGCGAAUUUUCCUGACUCAGGACAUGACUACAUACGGAGCAGUGAUUUUGAUCUGCUUGUGAAUUCAUAUCACGAUUAUUACGAUCGCAUUAUGGCACCAGAGUAUGACGCUGAACAUUCGUAUGCGUUCAAUAUCGCCAGUGAUUCCAUAUACCCAAAAGGGGUUCGUUCGCUAUCUUUCAGUCGUUUAUUCGUUCAUUCUUCAUUGGUUAAUGUGAAUCUUCAUCUAUGGAUUAAAAUGGAUUAA